AACCCCCGCUAUAAGGAGGUUCUUGCGGCUCUUGAGGUUGAGGAGGUAGACGAGGAACUACCCACGGUAACACCUAGCGAACAACCCCAUACCUCUGCUCAGGCAGAUGGUUUAUGGAGGGACCAGCUCCAACGGGCGAUUAAUAUCGAACACCUUGAUGUUGAUGACCUGGACUGGGUGGCUGAUGGUUGUGCUGCUGAGGAUAUUCGGAAGAAACUCGAUGAGUUGUUUGCGUCAUGGGUCGGACACCUUGUGCGUGGUGAGCGGGCUCCUGCUAGGAGUCAUCAGCCCACGACAGGUGCUGCGAACCCUAAUCGUGAGUUAGAUCCCCGAAGGCGUAGACGAGCGCAAUACAGUGCAAUUCAACACUUGUAUGGCCGUAAACCAUCUGCGGCCGCUCAUAAGGUGCUGGACGGGUCCUGGGAGUGUGAUGACCCUUGUCCGACGCCUACUCUAGAGGACUUCAGAACGGCCUGGCAGCCUAUCUUUGAGACUCCAUCAAUCAAAGAUAACCGACGACCGGCAUGUGUUGGACAGGUGAAGUGGGAAAUUGUUAGUCCGGUUACACCUGGUGAGCUUGAACAGGUGUUAACCGAGGGUGCCUCUUCGGCACCUGGCCCGGAUGGAGUGAAGUUGAAGGAUGUCAUUGGACUUGGGAUUGGAGAGCUUUGUAGCCACUUUAAUUUGUGGUUACUUUGUGGAAGUCAGCCCAGCGCCAUGUGCGUGGGUCGUACGAUCUACAUCCCAAAGGGCUCCGAGUCUAGUGAUGCGCUGAAGUAUCGCCCAAUAACCAUUGCCUCUCAUAUCUUACGAGUCUUUCAUAAGAUCAUGGCUCGAAGAUUUGAUGCGUUCCUGCCUCUGAAGUACACCCAGAAGGGGUUCAGGAGUGGUGAUGGGAUCGCUCAACACAUACUGUCGCUGCAGGCCAUCAUUGAUGGUGCUAAGCGCCAGCGAAAGCCGUUUAACUUGGUUUUCCUUGAUGUGCGUAAGGCUUUUGAUUCGGUCAGUCACGACACCAUUGUUUUGGCAAUGCGUCGUCUUGGCUGUCCAGAUCCGUUCCUUUCGUAUAUCCGUGACCUGUAUUUAAGAUCUAGUACAGUGAUUGAGCAUAAUGGAGAAAGAAGCGCUCCGAUCUUCACUCGCAGAGGGGUCAAACAAGGUGACCCUCUUUCACCGUUCAUGUUCAAUGCCGUGAUAGACUGGGCUUUUUCAUCACUUGACGACCAUGUAGGGUUUUCGUUCGGACAUGUUAGGGUGAAUAACCUCGGAUAUGCGGACGACGUCGCCUUGCUAAGUGAUACGCGGGCUGGCCUGCGAUCACAAUUAGGAAAGUUCGAGUCGCACCUCGCUAAGGGCGGCUUGACAAUCAGUGCGGGCACUGAGGGUAAAUCUUCCUCCCUCAGCAUUGUGGUUGAUGGGAAAGCAAAGCGAUGGGUUGUUAACCAAACCCCGUUCCUGGCGACUAACGAAGGCAUUAUUCCAUCUCUAUCUGCCUCUGGGGAGUACAGAUACCUAGGUAUUAUGUUGGGAUCGGGUGGGGCAAAGGUGCGUAGUUCCUUGCGGGCAGAAUUAUUGCAAGGGCUACAAAACAUCACUCGGGCACCUCUUAAGCCCCACCAGAGGCUGCGGAUCCUACGCAAUUUUUUGCUGCCGAAGUAUCUGCACGAACUGGUGUUGGCGCCAGUGGCCGAUGGUUGGCUGAAUUGGCUCGAUACUACUAUUAGGGCCAAUGUAAUUAUAAAACACAAUAAUACCUUUUCUUAA